AACUCGAUCGAGAGGAACCUCCCAGAGCAGCCGGAGAGAUGGAAGCAUCAGCGAGACUUGCUGAAGAAUGUGGACCCCUCCGAAAGAUUCUUCUCACUUCACACGUCUGGAAACUGCACCACUUGGCAGAGAUCAACCUACAUGCCCACCAGGUUCCCAAUUUUACGGGACGAAGGCUUGAUGUUUGCAUGAGACCAUGAUAUUCGCACUCAGAAUCACAUCCUCAUGUAAGCUCUCAUGCCGCCUGCAGAUUGCUAUAAUCCCGUAAGUUGGCGGUCCAAGCACUGAUGGUGGGCUGGCCGGUCUCCAUGACCUACCCCAAGGCAUCAAAUAUUAUCAAUAUGAAAUGUAUCACUGUUACAGUUUCUUCGAACUUCGCCAACAUGGGUUCAUGAUCGAAGCUUCGAAUUUUGUGCUAGUGGAGGCCCAUGAGGGGCUGCCGUACACUUCUCGCCCCUUCAGGAAUUACAUGUCCGAGGCACAUGGGCUUACAAAGAAUUUUGGCCCGAGUUUUGCCACCAUUUGGCAUUACUAAUCGCAUCCGGCCGCCUCAUACUCAACUCAGGCAGCGCAUUAGAUGGAGGAGGUUGAUUCUCGGAAUGUUCCAAAGAGCUGGUCGGUCGAGUCCGAUUGAGCAGUCCGUUUCGUGCGCUGCGCAUCGUCAGGUGAAUGUACAUGUUCAAAUGGAUAAGUGACUCACUUCAGUUCAGAUAGUGAAGCAUCGGCAGUGGAGAGUCCGAGAUCUAUGACAGAUUCAAGAUUUCGAUCGGAGAGACCAAGAGCGCGAGGAAAGAUGGCAAACCUCGUGAGGCUUUCUACAACCAUGAGCGGGAAGACGAAUGUGGCCAUGACUCUGGCGAGGAUGGCAUUGGUCGAAAGGUUAGUGAUAGCGAGGAUGAUCGGUACCAUGACGAGAUUGGUCCAGACUAUGAGAAAGACGGCCAUGACUGUGGCUAACUUGACCACCAGGUCCGAGAAGAUCUCCAAGGCUACAGAGGCGAGCACGACGCCGACUUCCAGGAAUGUGAAUCCACGACUUUCAGGGGGAGAAAGCAAAGCAGGUGCGAUUCAAGCAAAUCACAUUGCCCGGCAGCAGAACUUCUGCCUCUUCGGAUUCCCAAUUCGAGAAGCUCCGGAGAAACUGUCGUCUUUCAGAAGCUCCGAACCUUCCAUCUUCAUGAGACGCAUGUUCCUGAGUCUUCCACGACGGAGAAAUGGGAUCUUACUUCGUGCAUCAGUUUGAAUUCCCAGUCAUAUCAUUUCCUCCUAAACUAUAGAUUGAUCAAAAUCACGAUCUCCUCCGGGACCCGUAAUUUCACAUCUAGUUGAACCUUUUGACCCUUUCCAUGUCGUUCCAGUCCAGCGCCUAGAAAACUUGUACUUAGUCUUUUAUCACCCUCCAUCCUCCUGUAUCAUGUCUACAGGUCCUCCGCUUCAGAGGAGUCGAUAGCCCGGAUCAAAUCACUUAGCUCCGUGAGCAAGAGGGCCUUUGAACCCUUUGGAGCAGCGGAGUUCAUCUACUGAACAGAAAUUUGGGAAAGUAACUGUCGGAACAUGGUUGUCGAUCUAUUUCCCUGUUACCUCCCGUGCGAGGACAUUUGAUAGAGAGCUUCACGUACGUAAUGUGAUGAGAUGCACCUGCACUGCUGGGACAAAUAGAUAGUAAGAUUUUAAUCUGCGAGCUGGUAUAUUUGAAGAAAUACAUCCAUAUUAGGAUGUGGUUUGGCUCAAAAUGAAUCCAAACAAUCCAAUGACGAACAAUAGACACCAAGUGGUUCUAGUCCUGACGCAUUACUCUCACUGUCGUCAGUGCUGGGCCUCUUCUUAGAUUGACUGGAGGCAGAGGAGUAAAUUGUGCAUGCAAAUCGAAGUGAAAUUUUGCUGCGCACGGUUUAUUACAGCUCUCAUCAAUGCGUAUCCAGAGUGACUUCACUUUAUCUCACAGAGUUAGAAACAAGGGAAUUUCAGCAGCAUGGGGACCAGAUAGAAUAGCUUGUACAAUUAGAAGACUAGAUGGCUCACAAUCGAACAUUUCUAGGUUGUGAACAAUAUUUGCAUAACAGUUCCCGCUCUGGGUGAGGAGACACCAUGUCAAUUUGUGAAUACUUUCUGAAAUGUCGACCAUACCCAUUAUGGAGUGAGUGAAGUUUGUUUUCCAAGAGUCAGGAAGAGAAGUUUUAUUUGACAUUCUAUCAUGAGGCGUAUAUACUCGAUUGGAACCCAUUAGCAAUCUCACAGACAUUCUACGUAGAGAAGACGAGAACGUGUCAUGAGUGAUGGUGGUAAAUUUCUGAUUGAGAAAGAUGCGAUCU